GUUCUUCCACCUCCUACAUGUGCGCGCGCGCGUGUAUGCGUGUGCAGGUGCGUACGCGACAGUCGCUUCGUGCCUGUCGUAGCAGCACAGAGGCAAGAAUUUGGUGGAGAAACGAACAAACGGAGGGAAAGACGCGAAGAAAGCGUAGUGAAGUCGUGUCGCGCGGUAUAUGAAGAUUGUUAGAUCGACCGAGUACGCGUCCAGGUAUACGUGCGGAGGCACGGUAGUUGUCCGUUCCAUUCCGUUGUUUGUGGUAUGCUAUCGUGAUCGGUCGCUUUCGUUCGGAGGAACAGCGACAGUAUACAAACCCGUUAGACGAGAACUCUAUGUGUGUUCGUGUGCGCGCGGUCGCGCGCCGUGAUAUCAUCGUAGACCGCUACGCACUGUCGUCCGCUUGGCGCUCGUCGUCAGGCUACUCAGGCUUGUCGUCAGCUUGUCAGUCGGUCGCUCGUGGGAUUCGCAGAAUGACGCAGUAGCCGUAGGACAGUGACAACAACAAGGCGACAGUGGCGUGUGCGCGGAGUGCAGUGACGAGCUUUCUUUCUUUCUCUCCUCCCUCAUCUCUCUCUCUCUCUCUCUUUCUCCCUCGCACAAUGAGAAAACACAGUGAAGUUUUGCGGUGAAAUACAUAAAACUUAUUUGGGAAUAAAAAAUGUCUGCGGAAUCACCGAGGCGGGGUGUGUAUAAAGGAGCUCAAAUCGUUUCACCUCAGCCCAUUGUAGAUCGAUCAAUAAUCGACAGCGUUGCCGGGAUUAUCAAUGACAUAGUACCACAGGGAUACGCCGGAGUGUCCAACUCUGAUAAUAAGGAAACCAUAUCAUGGGCGCGAUUCGAAUACGCGGAUAUAAAUGACCCCGCUUUGUAUCUCGAUUACAAUGAAGGGUCUAGUACACCGCCGUUGUUAUUAGUAUUAGGAUACGCCGUUGGCGUUCAGGUAUGGCUGAUAGCAGCGACGGGAGAGGCAACGGAGGUCCUGUCAUGGCGUCAAGGAGUAGUUCGUACCCUUCGAAUUCUACCAAAUCCAAAGACUGACGACGAGCAUGUCGACGAUUUCGAAGCGAAACGACCGAUGGUAGCGGUCUGUUCCGAGCCAGAUUCGACUCUAGCGGGACCAAAAUUUUGCGAUGUCAAUUUCAUCUCUUUGAAAACCGGCGAACCAGUGCACAGCGUAGGUUUCAAACAUCCUGUCUGCGAUGUGCUGGCAAAUAGGCGGUCCGUGGUUGUAACGUUAUUAGAAAAAAUUGCGGUCUUCGAUGCCAGAACAUUGCAAAAUAAUAUAACAAUCACAACGUGCUAUGCCAGCCCUGGCCCAAAUCCAAAUCCUGUCGCUUUAGGAACACGAUGGCUCGCUUACAGCGAGAAGAAAUUGAUACCUGCGAGAAGGAGCAGUGGUGGUUGCGAAGGAGAAGGCGUACAAAGUUACACGGCGACGGUUUUAUACGCGGCGAAAUCGUUAGGGAAAGGUUUGCGCGGCCUAGGAGAAACCGUAGCAUCGAGUCUCACUGGGAAUUCGGUAUCGCCGAUAACUAUGAAUAAUGCAGGCAAUGACGUAACCCAGCCAGGUGUCGUUACGAUAUUAGAUCUUCAGAUCGCAAAAGAUGAGAAAGAAUUAGACGAUGCAAAUGCGGAUGCCGUGGUCGCUCAUUUUACCGCCCAUAGUGAUGCGAUCGUUGCUAUGACUUUUGAUUUGACCGGCGCGUUAUUAAUGACAGCGGACAAGAGAGGACACGAUUUCCACAUAUUCAGAAUCCAGUCACAUCCCGGGGGGCCGACAUUAGCGGCGGUACAUCAUCUAUAUAUUUUACACCGUGGCGACACCACCGCAAAAGUACAGGAUAUGGUAUUUUCGAGUGACACACGUUGGGCCGCAAUUUCAACUGUGAGAGGUACAACACAUGUUUUUCCGAUUGCACCUUACGGAGGUCCUGUAGGCGUUAGGACCCAUUCCACGCCCAAUGUCGUCAACAGAUUAUCAAGAUUCCACAAAAGUGCAGGCCUGACGGAUGAUGGUACUCGAUCCCACUCUCCCGUAUCUCAUACGGAACUACCUUUGUCUAUAUAUCCGUACUCCAAUCCUCGACUUCCUCCGUAUCCUCAUCCAACGAUUCUGCAUCCUUUAUCACAGAUUCGACAACCGUCAUCUCUGAAUCAGGUCAACAGCUCCGCGCAACCCAGCAGACCGCAGCAGAGGCAACGGCUACAUUCCGACGACAGUGGAACCUUACCAUUGAAGAUCUGUGCAUGUUUCGCUCCGCCGAGAGCUUGGAUGUACGCGCAAAGAGAGUCCAGCAGCAAGGUGGUCAAAAGGGCUGUUGAUUCCCUAUUCAUUAUGGCAUGUCAUGGAAACAUGAUACAAUAUGAUUUGGACCCCAAACCAGCUGCUGGAGUGCCGAAGGAAAAAGUUUGUGAUGACACCACAAUUGAAUUGGAGGUCGAAGCAAAGGGCCAAUGGCCACUUUGCAGGUCUCCCAAUUCAUCGGAUCUCAUGCCACCAUUAUCCCUAUCGAACCCGUUACUGGGCGUUUCGUUCGCAACAAAAACAAACAAUCAGGAGUUUGACAUGGUCGAGGAUCGUUGGUUGAGUCAAGUUGAGAUUGUAACUCACGCUGGACCACACAGACGAUUAUGGAUGGGACCACAGUUUGUUUUCAAGACCUAUAAUGCACCCAGCGGCGUUGCUGUCAACUUGGUUGAAGCGGAGGCAGUCGAGAUUGGAAUCACCGGAUCGCGUCCAGCGAGAUCGAAGCCUGUUAAUAUGCCUCAUGCAGCAUCCAGGCCGUUGAUGCCAGUUGUCAUCGACGGUUCAGGAAGUAGCUAUGAACAAUCUCCGAGAUUCAUGGAGGCUUACGGUGAUCCUUUGGACAGCGAGAAUGUGGUCGUUGGUAGCUGCGAGAAUCAACUGAGAGAAGAUCUUGCGGAAGCUAUGCUUGAAAUAUCAAUCGCGUCGCAUCGUGCUCCAGGGAGGCGUACGAUAUUUGAGAGGGUGGGUCAGCCAGUAACUAAAGUCGUCAACCCUCACACCGGCACCGUGAUUACCGUGUCGGCCGACGAGGAUGAGGACGCUAUUAGCUCCAUACUGGAGUACGACUCCGCCGCGGAGGAGAUCCACGCACCUAGAAGUGUGUGCGCGGAGGAGGGCCCGGCUUCGCUCGGUGCGGCCGAUCUUCCGGACGAGCCGGAUAGCCGAUCGCUGAGCCGUGAGCUUACCGAGAUCUGCGCGGAGAUGCGUGCGGCAAGUGAGCCAGCGAUCGACAGUGUGCCCGACGAAAACAUACGCGAGUUGCAGGAACAUCGCGCUUUGUGCGCGGAGAUGGUGGCUUCGACGGCGACGAUGGCGAUGACGUCGAUCGACUACGAAAAGGAAGAAGCGUUCCGCGACGUGCCGACGAGUCUCAGUCUGUGCGCUGAACCGGGCGAGAUCCCAAGCAGCCCGAUGUCACAAGCGAAGGAAACUGUAUUAUGGUGCAGCAAAGGGAGAUCCGUCGACAGGCGUGCCGAGGAUUAUCGCAGCGAGGCUCACGAAAGACACCUUGCCAAGGCUAAGUACGUUGUUAGCUACGACGACAACAGCGUCACAUUGAUGGAGAACAAGAUGUUGCGAAGCGAAAGGAGUAUCGAGAUACCACAGCUAAGCAUAGACGACAAAAUGAAGAAACCUAUUGCGAGAAAAGUCAUAAUAAAUACUGAAAAAAUAUCGAGUUGCUCGCAGAGACGUCCGAUCGAACAAUGGGCGACACGCGCGGAGAAAUAUGUCAUCAAGGAGGACAUGGACAGCGUCGUCAUCGAGGAUGCGCGAUACGUAAACUCGACGAUGAGCAUGGACGCGAGGAAAGAGGGUAACGAUGAUAAGAAGAAAUUUGAGAACGCGAGAGAUAAAUACGAAGCGGCAUCUAAGAACAACGAAUGGAAGAACUGCGUUUUUCCGCGUAAAUUCACCGGCAAGAAUCAAAUCACGUCCGAAGAUAAAGAAAUGACAACGGAAUUGAUUGCUGACGCGGUCACGAAGAGAGGAGAUCCCGUUAAACUCUUGUCGGACGUGAAAAGAAAAGUAUUGCCUUCCAGCUGCAACGACGAGGACGAGGACAAUGACAAUGACAAUGACAAUGACAAUGACAAUGACAAUGACAAUGACAAUGACGAGUUGCCGCCACUGGAUCCUCCGCCGCUGGACGACUUUAGUUCCAUCGAGUAUCACAUGGUGGAGCCGUGUAAUCUCAACAGAGACGCCACUUCCAUGUCCACCCAGUCUGACGACGACAUCGAGCACAUUCACGCAUCUGAAGUGAUGCAGAUGCGAAUGAAAAUUGAUGCGGGCGGCGACAGAUGCAAAGAUACAGGAGGCAUGAAUGUCAACGUGAUCACACAAUUCUCUCCCGUGGCGCGACGGAAGAGCAGCAAGAGCACGCUCUCGGACGAUGAUCUGGAGUACAUACACAGUGUCGAGCUCAGCCUUGAUUCGGAACGGAGCGAUGUCGGUGCGAUCAAGUCAGUUGCCUUGACAAAGGCAAACGGAGACGGUUGUCCGCGUAGGAAGCACAGCAGACACGCGUUGUCCUCCGAUGAUGAUCUAGAACACGUUCAACUAUCAGAGGUCCGCGAAUUGGAGCUCGAUGCUGUGGUGAAACUGUCGCAGAGAGAAUUCCUGCAGACGACCCAGAAAAUGGUGUCGGCGGAGCAACAGGGAGCGAAGUCUAAAUUCAGCAGGAGACGGAAGGAUGUCAUGGUAAUUGAGAAAAGUGAAGCGGAAGCCACAGAAGCAGAAGUCACUAUAAUAUACAACCCACUGGAGGAGAUCUGGCUAAAGUCGGAGGAAUCCGACAGAUACGAUUCCACCGACUACUUUAUGGACAAGCCGGCAGAGGAAACGUAUCCGAGUCCUACGAGAAGAAGCAAAAAUCAUGGUCUAAAGACGACAAAUUUCUUAUCCUCGCUGCUACCUGUUGCCAAGCGGGCCUCUCAAACCACAACCGACAGCGAUAUCGUCGAAAUUAUCGACAUCGACGCGAUGCAGAAGACCGACGUGAACGCCGCCGACGCGACACCGGAGUGUAAGAUCCUGCCCAUCGUCGCAUCUACAGCGCGCGCUCGAAAGUCUCGCAGGAACAAGCGGUCGCAGUCGGACGGCCAGUUGCAGGAGAACAGCUCGACGGAGCUCUCUCUUCCCGCUCCUUUGCCCUCGUUUCGCUCUUCUAAAGUGAAAAUGGCGGAAUUACAGGAAGCCGUGCGGGAAGAAGAGUCAUUUGCGGACCUCGGUUAUAAGGAUCCGUCGAGAGUUUCACCCUCGGCGGAGAUAUCUUGGAGCUCGAUUGUCAAGAAAAGCAUUUCCCCAUCUUUGGAUUUGCAAGAAGUUCGUAAAGAAACGGAUCUCGAGCCAUUGAUAGAGAUGGAAGAGAGAUCAGAGCUUGUCGAACACGUGAGAAAGCUAGAAAAAGCGGAACACCGCGAUGAGGACGAUGCCACGUUCUCCGCGGGAUUGCAACGACAAGCCUGCAGAAUUAGGGAGGAAGAGAAGGAGAAGGAACUCCUCGAAGAAAAGGAUAAUGUUGAUGUGACGAAGACGGCAAUAACAACGGAGAGUAUUCUCGUAAAUCUUCAGGCACCGAUAGUAAACGAAGAGUCUCGCGUGGAAAAGGAUAUCGCGCCCGUCACCGCGACCGCUAUGGUGCGAACUAAGAUAUCUCGGGACAACAAUGGAGAUAAUAAAUCAACGGGGGGCAGUCCUCUUCUCACAUCGGAAGUACGAUCCGUCGUCGACGAGACACGUCGAGGUAACGUGGCAGCCGAGAGGAGAGAAUCGCAAAGGGAAUCUUCUUUGCAGCUUCAGUCGAUUGAGACGCAACAACGAGCGAAGGAGGGUGGUGGCGAUAGUAUCACCGAAGCAUCAACCGAGUGGUAUAAUUCAGCUUCUUCGAAGGUGUCCUUGGAAUCUUUCGAUCAUGGGUCUGCUGAAAAACGGAGCGAGGCGGAACGCGAAACGCUCAGCACCGAGCAUUCGAGUAUCGCUGUCAAAAAAGCGAGCAACAGAUCUAAGAGGAAAAAGCGCAGAUGAGUAGAGGAUUGCUGCAUGGACGUGCCUAGGGCCAGCCUUGCCCUCUACAUACUCUUGAUGCAAGUGGCGGGAGUAGAUUAGCGUUCGUACGUAAGAGAGUGAGAUCACAUCCAAAUUCCCGUCGCGUCCCGAGAUUGCACAAUUUUUUCAAGAGCUAUCUCACGUUGAAUAACGCUGGCGUGUUGCGUCUCAAUGAUAGUCUUUCCAUCUUUUCUUCGUGCAAUCCACUAUAUUGAUCCAGGAAUUUAUUUCUGACAUGAAAAUUUCAUACUUGAGAUGACUAUGAGCGAUCGAACUGAGGAAACUUGUAAGAGAAAUCGAGAAAGCCGGUGUCGCCGUGCACGAUGUGUGAAGUUAUUAUCAUCUAUUUAAAACUCGCGUUUUGUAUGAUCCUAUCUUUGUUUCAAAUCGUAUCAAUUAGUAGUUGAUAUAUCAAUCACAAAGGUUACGCGUAAGCAUGUUCGGAUGUGAUAUAAUGGGCAAGGUUGUGUUCUAGCGAAUGUUAGGAUACUAUUAAACGCUUCGACAUUAGUUAUAAUGAGGUGUAGAACUAACAAAGGCGCCCCUAGGAUGGAAUCGCGUUUCGCUAUUCGAGAAACACCCGUGUAGUCAUUUUAACUGCCUUAGAACGUAAAAGGUGAUGGAGUUUGAAUUCUACACGGCGCAAACAAAUUGCGUGUCUGUAUAUCGUCUGCCCAUUAGCGGUAAUAUAUUAUAAUUGUUUGGUGUAAUUAACGACGCUCUCGGCCAUUAGGUGUUCAUUUGUGGCAUCAACUCUUCUAGCAAGCCCUAUUCUUGGAUGACGAACCAUCGUUCGGUAUGCAAUAAGCCAUACUUUGUUGUAGUACAAAAUAUCUUCAUCAGAUUCAUUCAGCGUUCGUUUACUAUCUAUGGAUUAUGCUUCUCGUCGAGCGACGAUAGUAUACCCUAGGAAAAAAAGUUGCUGAUUUGACUAAAUUUUUCAACUUUAUUAAAUUUCAUUGAUUCAUGUAUUUGUAUAAUUAAUUUAAAUACACUUGAUCAAUUUUCUUUAAUUUAAUUAUUUUGUGCAUUUAAGUUAAGUAUAUAAAUAUUUGAACUAAAGACGUUUAAUUAAGUUGAAAAUUUUAAUCUAGUAUAUUACAGUCAAGUACAUAAAUACUUGAAUCGAAGUUUAAGUACUUCACGUAUCUAAGUUAAUUUUAGGACGGGAAGCUGCUAUAGUGUAAAUAUAUGCUUGAGCUAACAAAAUUUUAUCAAGUUGAAAAAUGUUGAGUUAAUAACCUGGUUCUCAGUGUAUAAAAGGGAAUUAUUAUGAAAUUUUGAAAAGAUUUUCCAAUCGUAAUACUUCGUAUAUUUCAGAAUGACUACAAUCUGGAACUCUCUGAUUUCUUAUUUGGCUACACACACACACACACACACACACACACACACACACACACACACACACACACACACACACACACACACACACAUAUAUAUAUAUAUAUAACGGUUUGAAACUUUAAAGAUUUGUCUUGUUUAUCUUUAAUAUUGAUAUUUCUAGAUUAUUUAUUUUGUUGUUUAAAAUCUAUAAUUGCGUAUUGUCUUCCGAUUUCUUUAUUAUUUCAUUGUAUUAUUAUCUUGUAAUAUUAUUUUAAUUUUCGUCAACAAGAAGUUUAAUGUGAGACAAAAUUUCUCCAUAGAGAUUUAACAAAAUAGAGAUUUUAUUGUUUAAGAAUUAUAUUUUUAAAUGCAAGUUGAACUGCAUACAAAAUUUACAUUUUUAGAUAUAUCUAAACUGAAGAAAAAUGUUUCCUUAAUUUUACUUCUCGCGUCUUCUUCGCGUGGCGCUUAGGCUUUUUUUUAGUCCCUUUUUGUUCUGAUUUUUUCACAUUUUUGAAACAUUGAAGUGGCCUGCGCAGGCGUGUGCUCGAUGUGUAAAAAUUCAAUGUCUUUUUGAAUGUUACAUAUGAAUUGGGAAACAAAGAAGAAAAUAAGAAAAAGCAUGCACAAACGUGUUCGAUAUUAUUGAUGGUAACGCAUAAAAAAAUGUGUGUGGGUGUACGUGUGCGCGCGUGUAUCGUUACAAUUGACUUUUUUAUAUAUCGUAACAGCUGUAAAAAACAGAUAUGUACAUGUUUGAUAUAAAAGUGUAUCGAGAAAAAUGAUGAUAAAUACUCGGUAAACUUAGUAUCUUCAUGACAGUAAUCUUUUGUCAUUUAACCGCUGCUGCACAAUUGCAGAAAAACUCAUGUAGGAAAAAGUGUGUUGAGAGGCGAAUUUUUUAUUGGAGAUUAACCAUAUAUAAUCUUUUUAUAUCGGAGAUUAACCAUAAAAUCUAUUCAUUUUAGGUGAGAACGUAUAAAAGAUGUAGUGUUCGCAAACUUGAUUAUUAUUGAAAUAAUUUGCAUUUAAGUAACGUAAAUUUCUUUUAAACACGCAAUGAUUGAAAAUUUGAUUGCUCUACUGUAUAAAUAUAUAGUAUAAAUACAGAAGAUAGUUUAACUUAAGUCAGUGAUGUGCAACCUUUUUUAAACUGAGCAUCAUUUUUAAAAAUAGGCAAAGUUUUACAUAACAAGCUACAUAAAUAAAUACACACGCACGCGUAUGCAUGCAUGUAUGAAUGUAUGUAUGUAUGUAUUAUUAUGAAUAUAUGUGUAUACAUAAUAGACAGAUAAAAUAUUUAUUUUAAUAUCAAUAAGGAAAUAAAAUUAUCAAGACAAUGAAAAAAAUUAAAUACAAAUAUAAUGUAUUUAAUGCGUAGUUCCAAAAACGGAAUAUCUCCGAUUCGGGCUAAUUUUCAGCUCAAAUACUUAUUUUACAGGUAAAUAUUUACAAAAGGUCAUCCCUUUUAAAAUGAGGUUUAUCUGGAGGAUGGAUUUUAAAAGCACAAAUUUCUGCUUUAAAACAAAAAUUCUCUGCUUUAAAAAUACAUUAUUGGUAAUAUGGUCAAUUGAAAUAUGAUCAAUUGUGACAAAAAUUCGGUUUAGUUAGGAGUGAGUUAGAGGUUUUGUCCUUCCGUAGGAUAGGCGGGGACCCUCCAGGUGAACCCUAUUUUACUAAGAAAUAAACAUUUACAUUGUCAAUUUUUUUUGUUAAUGCGGUCAAUAUCAAUGUGAUCAUUCGCAAAAAGAAAUUUGGGGUGGGUUAGAUUGUAUACCCUACGGGAAAACGGAGACUCUUUAGACGAACCUUAUUUUGCUAAAAAAUACAUAUUUACAUUGUCAACCUUCUUUGUUAAUAACUUUUUAAUGAAAGAUGAGUAACGGCGAAAACUUCUCGAAGAUCACUCAAGAUCACUAUUACCUUGACAAAAUGUUAAAGUUAUUAACUUUCCAAGUGAGUGAAUUUUUUGUGAAUAUUUAUCCAGUGCUGAGUAUUAAAGGAACUUAAACUAGAGGGUUUGAGAGACCUUUCUGAAAAAACUUUACUUCCGUGCCAUUUUAUUUUGGUCAAGCAAUCAUAGCGGUCGAUAGGAGAGACUUCGAAUUUUUUUCCAUCUAGUCCGCAUCUUUUUUCUCAUUCCGUCUUCACACAGCAAGCGAUCGAUUUUUAAUAGUGUGUUUAAGGGUUAAAAUAGUUUUUUGAUUAUAACGACUAAAAUAUUGGAGUUAGGUAACAUAUGUAUUUGACCUUAUUUGUAGAGUUUUUCAUGAACUUUAUUUUUUGUUUGGCAAAUUUUUUUGUAAAAUGAUAAUUUUCUGAAAUAAUUAAGAAAAACUAUUUUUUUCCCCGAAAAGUAAGGAGAACGAUGAGAGCAUUUGCGCCAAAAAUCCAUUUGGGGAUAUCAUUUACUAUAUAAAAUAAAUAUUUAGGCUUAAAAUCAGCUAAAUCGGAGGUUUUUAGAACUUUAUCUCGAUAAAAUUAUAAACAUUUAUUUAUUACAUUAAUAAAAUAUAUUAAUUUAUUACGUUAAUAAAAACGAAAUUAUAUGAAUUAUUUUUAAAAUAACCAAGACUUGUAAAUCGCAUUAUUAUAUUUUACUUUUAUAAUUUGUAUAAAAUAAAGAAUAUGUGAUUUUACAUUCUCGAGUCGGCGGGCCGCACAAAAAUUAUAGAUGGGUUGCGGAUAAUACAUCACUGCCCUAAGUAAUACACUGAGAAAAAA